AUGGACGUCGUGGAGGUCAACCGGCCAAGCCAUCCGGAGGGCCCUUUAGCGCAGACUAUUAGUGGAGUACUGAGUAUUUCAUAUCAUGAUAAUCAACUAAAGCAUGCGUUUGGAAUCCUUGACUCUAUGGGGCGUUCCAUUAAUGAGCGCUCGAUCCGUAGCACGGUUGAAACAAGCAUCAUCAAAGCAUCUAAACGGGCCUUGGAUGAUUUCGAACAUACCUAUGAGGGGCUAAAGGCCCUAGGCCUCAAAGUUAAAACACUAGUGGACAAAUGGACCAAGGUAAAUGCAAUUUUAACUAAUUCAACGAACGCUACAUCGUCUAUUGUGUCCGAGGCCCGACGGCUGCAUCACGAACAGACUGUUCUCCAGAAGAAGCUUGCGACUGCGAAUGCGUUCUCAGAAACGUUUGUGGUUAGCGAGCGAGAAAUGAAUGUUUUACAGAACUCAAGCUUGCCAAUUGAUGAAGAGUUUUAUAGUGCUUUGGCCAAAGUCAAACAGAUGAACGAAAGCUGUGCUUUGAUAUUGGCAGACUCUCCAUCGGCCGGCGAGCAUAUCAUGUCUCAAACCAAAAAGUGCUUGGACCACGCAUACGAUAAGUUAAAGUACGCGGUGGAAAGUGACUUGAGAAGCCUAGAUAAUGCAAAGUCAAGCUCAUCAGUGCGGUCGCAGAUCGCACUUUUGGCAGACAGACCUCUUUUAUUGAGAGAAAUUCUUUCGAACCUGGCUGAUGUUCGUCGCAAACAGCUCAGCAAUGAUUUCAUGAAUGCAUUGUCUAACAAAAACAUGGCUGAAAAGCCUCUAGAUUAUUACAUGUUUGACCCGGUACGGUAUGUUGGAGCAGUGCUGGCUUGGGUACACUCUGCCAUCGUAAACGAGUAUGAGUACUUGAGUACUCUGAUUGACCCCGAAGUCACUCUUACCAGUAAACUUUCGGACACUUUAUUUGCCGAUAAAGAUUCGGAUGGUAUUUUACUAGAAGUCAUUGAUACCAUCACAGGCGUUCUUAACCAACCGCUCCGGCUGCGGAUCGGCCAGCUAAUUUCGACCCAAUCAAAGGUUAUCAUGGUUGAUGAAAUUGCCAGUAUUAUUGGGUUUUACAGAUCAAUGAUGGCAAAGUAUGACCAGAAAACCUUGAAUCAAGGAUUCGACCAACUAGACCUGGCGUUAAAUGCGCAGUUCGACCGUUGUCUACUGCUUGAACUUCAAGCGGCUUAUCGAGAAAAGCUAGACCAGCACUUACAGCCACCUGAAUUCUGGGUGUCAUCUUUGGCAACUGCAAAAUCCAUUGUAAAGUCGUAUGAGCAGAGCAUGACGUAUAACCCCGCCGGUGAUGAAACGUUCCGGACAAGAAUUGGCAAGGUGCUCGAUCCGUUCUACAAACAGUGUGUGAAACUGUCAGAGAGCGUUGAAAGUCCCAAAGGUCAUAUUUUCACGCUCAAUUGUCUGGACAUUCUCAAAGUAUCUCUUGCCGGCUUUGUAUGCACUACCUGGAAAACAGAAGAGGCCGACGAAGCAAUGAGAAAGAUUGUCGAUCAGUUAGUUGAAACGGAAUACCAAACUUUGUUAGACGAGUCUGGACUGGAAACUGAGCGGUUCAGUCGAUUCGAGCAGUUUCUUCAAUCCGUUGCAACUGAGACUAUGAAAAGGCAACAGCUGCUAUUGUCUCCACAAAUCGCCAAAGAGAUAGCGGCACGAGCCACAGAAAAAUUCCUGGACAAAUACAAAGAGUUCGCUUCGUCAGAUGGUGCGCCCUACACGUUGAACGAGGUUCGGAUUAUGCUGCAAUGA